AUGAAACUGAGACCUGAGGAUGUACCUGUGGUUCAAGAAUUCUUAGAUGUGUUCCCUAAAGAGUUACCAGGCUUACCACCUGAUAGGGAAGUAGAGUUUGCCAUUGAGUUAGUUCCAGAUAAUCUUUUCGAUCAGUUAAAGGGAGCCACGGUGUUCUCGAAGAUAGAUUUGCAAUCACGUUAUCACCAGUUGAAGGUGAAGGAAACAGAUGUUCCAAAGACUUAUUUCAGGACUAGGUAUGGACACUAUGAGUUCCUAGUAAUGUCGUUUGGUUUGAUGAAUGCUCCUGCGUUUGUGAUAGUUUUCAUAGACGACAUACUAGUAUAUUCUAGUAGUGUAGAGAAGCACAAGGAAUAUCUAAGACAGAGGUUUGAUAGCUUCAUUUCAAGUACGUCCUACUCUCUAGAUGAUAUUCUACGUGAACAGUUAAAAGAUUCUGAUCUUCGGAAGUUAGUUGAAGAAGCUAUUCUAGAAGAGGCACAUAGUUUGGCUUAUGCUAAGCGUCAAGGCAGUACGAAAAUGUAUAGAACAUUAAAGAAAUCGUACUGGUGGCGUGGUAUAAAAAGAGAAAUAGCAGAGUAUGUUGACAGAUGUUUAGUAUGUCAACAAGUUAAGCUUGAACAACAGAGGCCAGCAGGAUUGCUUAAUCCACUCCCAGUACUAGAGUGGAAAUGGGAGCAUGUUACGAUGGAUUUCCUGUUUGGUUUACUUAGGACACUAGCAAGCUAUGAUGGUAUAUGGUUUCGAUUGUAUCAAACCGAGAUUCCAGGUUUACAUCGAAGUUUUGGACUAGCUUGCAGAAAGUUAUGGUUCAAGGGCAGUUGGGAUAUGCAUCUAUCGUUAAUCGAAUUUGCCUAUAAUAACAGUUACCGUUCGAGUAUCGAAAUGGCACCGUAUGAGGCUUUAUAUGAAAGACCAUGUAGAACUCUGAUAUGUUGGAAUGAAGUCGGUGAAAGGAAAUUAUUAGGUUCGGAACUUGUUCAGCAAAUGUCAGACGGUGUUAAGAUUAUAAGAGAAAAUCUUAAAAUAGCUCGAGACAGGUUCGGUAGGAAAGGGAAGUUAAGACCGAGGUAUAUUGGACCUUACGAGAUAAUAGAAAGAGUUGGCCCAAUGUCUUACAGGUUGGAAUUACCUCCAAAGUUAUCUUGUAUGUAUGAUGUAUUUCAUGUGACAAUGCUAAGAAAGUAUGUGCCAGAUCCUACCCAUGUGUUGUCUGAGCAACCAGUGCAGUUGAAAGAGAAUUUGUCUUACGUAGAAGAACCAGUGGAGAUUCUUGACAGAAAAGAACAAGUCUUAAAGAAUAAGACAAUACCAUUGAUAAAGGUUAUUUGGGCAUUGAAGGAAGCUAAGGUGUGGCCAAGAGAAAAGUUAUGUGUGGGAAAACAUGCGGCAACCAAUGUUUUGAGAGAGUUCUUGGUGUCAUUGGAAAGCUCUAAGAGUUUACUUUUAGAGGUGACACUGCCGAAAGAAUUCCUCAUCGGAUUAAGGCCGGAGAAGGAGAAAAAGGACCAGAGGCAGCUGCUUGAGUUGAAUAAGCUGACAGCUCGAAGGAAACGCUUGGACAGACCAAGGGCUAAGCUUUUCCAUGCGUUGGACCUGCUGUGCAGGUUGAGGAGAGCUUGUAGUGGAGUCUUGGAUGCAUAA